AUGAGCACCUCCCGAAAGCGGUACAGGCCGCUGGACUCCGCCGAGGAACGCGCAGUCACAGUCCAUGAGCGCUUGCAGCUUCUGCCGCUGGAGAAUGAGCAGUCGUACUGCUUCAGCUGGCCGGAGGCGCCGCUCACGCAAUGGCUGCAGGACGACGUGCCCUACGCCUCUCUCUACCAGCUCUAUGCGAAUACUGGUGGUGGCGUCGGCGGAGGCGGUGUCUCCUCUCACACGGCGCGCGGCCAAAGUAGUGGGCUUGGCGACGUGGGCAUGGCUUCCUCGACACUUGCUCUCCCCAAAGGUAAGAGCAAGCUUGCGACGUCGUCGUCCAGCGGACGAGAUGCACUCGGUCUGAGCUUACCAACAGGCAUGGCGAGCUUCGCGGCGCUUCAUCAUCCGCGGAGUGUCGAGUUGCCGCCAGUGUUCACCUUGGAUGACUUUGAGCCGGGACCAGCGCAGCACGCGCCGCCUUUGAAAGCUAGCGGCGGCGAAGGAGCCGCAAGCGGCGCGCAGUACGGCGGUCCUGACGUGCAGCGCCUUCUGCAUCGCGUGCGAGACGCCGUGCGGCACGAAUCCAUAGUCACCGCAUCGGUCGUCAAGUCAGGGGUACUUGACGCCAAGGAUGGGGCAUCUCCAUCGACGGUGCCGUCGCCGUCGAUUGUCGUCCAAUUGGUUGCCGCUGAACGUGCCAUACCUCAUCCCCUCGCUCCUCCGCGACCGCAGAGCAUCACAGAGGACUCUAUCUUUUCUCUGUCGGCGGCCCAGCUGGCCGACCUCGUGGCGGCAGGUGUGCCAGCGCUGGACGCAUCGGCGGCCCGAGACGACGCGCAGGGGCCAUCGCAGCGCGCACAGACCCCGCACACCUCCGCGGCUACCUCAGCCGAAGGCCUGCCAAGCGGCGAGCCGGCCACUGCCCCCAUGCAUACAAGGUACGCUUGCAGUGCCCACGAUCGACAGCGAGGUGCCGAACUCGCCGAGCCAGCACGGCGUGAAAUCGAGGACGAGGUAGUGGGCCUCGAGUGGCGCACGUGGUCCCAGUCGCAGCGCACAGCCGCAGCGCUGCAGCGUAUUCUCUCCCUCGAAGCCGCCGUGCCCUUUGAAAGCAGCGGCGACGCGCGACGUGAUGCUUGGCGUGCCACCGUGUACCGCUUGUGGCUGCAGUGGCGCCAACAACGACGACCACCGACACCGGAGAGGACAGCGGUGGGCGGGUCUGCCGCAUCCAGCACAAGAGCGGGUACUCUUGGGCUCGGCUUCAGCGGCGCCAGCGCGGUGCCGUCAGUGUCCAACGCGUCGUGUGCCCUCGCUGCAUCUGUGCCACCUUCACCUGCGGCUGCCGUGCUUGCCUUCCCAAAAGGCGCCCUUGUGCCGUCACAUCAUCAGCCGCACCUUCCCUGGGGUGCGCCUCUCCUCGCCGGGGCGUACCUCUACUGCACUAGCAACGACUACUUCAUCAGCCCUCCCUCAUCCACCGCCAGUGCCACCGGGAGCGUCGGCAAAGGUGGCGGCAGCAACAGCGGCGGAUCAUCAAUGAACGUCACCGCCACAGCGUCGUUGUGGCCCGCCAUGUCUCGCCGGCGCGGCACGUACAGCUUUCUGCGUUGGAAGGUGGAGUUGUAUGAGGCGCAGCUGUCUCGAACAACCGCCGCAGCCGACGAUGACGAGGAAGACGACGACGAGGCUGUGGAGAGGGAUAGGGCCAAGGGCGUCGACGUCCGCGGCCGCGGCGGCAACGGCAGUGCGACUUCUGCAAGCGUGCGCAGGUAUUCGAAAGGCCCCUUGGGAGGGGGAGAGACGGACACGCCUGCGUCAACGCAUCGCUCUCGCCGCGGCGAGGUCGACUACGACGGGGACGCAACCACUACCGGCCACCUCACAGGGCGUAAAGCAGCAACCGCCACAGGCCACGCCGCCAUCAACGGCGUCAUGAGCGUCGCGCACAUGAAGGCGUUGCUGCAUACGACGGUGCUGACGCAGCCGUUGACGGAGCUGGAGAUGGAUGACGAACCGACGACAGUGAUGGAGCGGUUGGCUUGCACUGACCUGCGGCGCGAUACGGAUGCGUGGCGUGUGUGGCUGUCAAGGGUGUGA